GUAUCAUGGUUUAUCUUUGUUGAGUAGCUUCACAGCGUUUGAGCAGAGUCUAAGGUGAGCUGCUGUGCUUGAGAUGCAACAUGUGGGUGGAGCUGGUGGCAGAUAAUUGACAGAUGUGCACAUUGUAGAAGAGGUGAUGGUGUAGAAUUGCGUCCAAGUUAUUUUAAGGAAGAUAUUUUUAUUGAACAUGACAUGACGGAGGGACCUUUUUGGCACAUAUACGUCCAAAAUAACAUCUUGGUUGUCACGCUGACAUGCAAUCUUCUCAAAUCAUGUGACAGGUCGAACAAUUCACGUUCUUCAGAUCAACCAAAAGCUGUCAUAGGUGUCAGUACUAUGUCAUGAAAUCUACCUGGAAAUGUCAGAAAUUCUACUUGUCUGGCUGAAAAUGAUGUGUAUGUGGCUGCUUAGGGAGCGAAUCACAAGAUGCCAUGAAGCUUUGGCAUAUCCUUCAUUCUGCUCCUGGUAUAUUUACUGGCGAUAUUCCUUUCAGAGAGAUCUUUUAAUCAGUUAAAGACAGUUUUUUCUCACUCUUAACAUUUAGUCACUGUGUUCCACAAAGGCAGUUAUUUCUUAGAUUUGCAUGCAAACAUUUUUCAGUGAUCUCUUUAGUGCAGACAAACUGAUUUAGUGGGGGUGUUCACAUUCUUUCACCUGGCUUUCAGUAGAUUCAUGACGAAAAAAAAAAUACAGAUUAUUCAAGAACAUUGUUUACAGAUACAAAAUGCACAAUUGCAUUGCAUUACAUCGAACUGUCUCUUUGCAGCAUUUUGUUCCCCAGCAAAUUACUGUUGUAGGUCAACUGUUGAUUGAUCAGUAACGUGUAUUGACUGACAUGUGCCAACACUCCAGAUAAAGGAAAAAGGCCAUUUACUUGCCAGUAAAGUCAGAUUAUAUCUAGCACUCAUUCAAGAAGAUUUAAAGGCUUUUCAGCUGAACUGGGGACUGACAAUAGCACACCUGCAAGUACUCAGCAGAGCAUGUCAAAUAAACAGAGAGGAACUAACGUUUUCACACUGUACAUGACGUUCACGUGGGGCUGAGAACAAUAAAUAAUUCUUCCCAAGAAAAGCAGCAGUGACCUGUUUGUGGCUGAACAAAAUAAGAAAUAUUCAGGUUCACUUCAAUGAUGACAUAUCUCACCACUUUGUUUGUCUGCACAGAAAGCAAUCACUGCAGGGAUAUUAUGCAGAAUGAAAGAGUUAUUAGUUUAAAUUGGAUUUGAGUGAAUACAUGAAGAGUUUGAUUGAAAAACAAGAUAGCUGACAUUUAAGCUAAACAACUUCCAUUUAGAUUGCUGUAUGAAUGUCAUUUUGAAAGUUGUUUGUUUUCAUAUUUUUAUGAUGGCUUUAUUCAGUGUAUUGUAUGGACCACCUUGAUUCUAGCUCUGAUUCUUCAUUCUUUCAGGGAGCAGUUGUGGAUAUUUAACAUGGCUCAAGACAGUUAGUUAUUUCUGACAGAUGUUUGGUUUGGGUCUGCUGGCAAUCACUCACAUCAGCCUGCUUUGUGCAGGUUUAAUGUUCAAUUUGACUUGUUCACUGACUGCCCUAGCUCACUUACAAUAUGUUUUUUGACUUCCCCUUCAAUCAUCCCCGGCCGAGCCUUGACAUGAAGUAUACAGCACAUCCUCACAGUCCCAAAUUUAAUCACAUUUGACUAAAGCAUUUACUGUUUCCUUUCCAGAUAGCAUCUUUUCCAUAUGGCGGCCUUUGGAAAACAUGUGGCCCCUAUUGAUCAGUGGAAUUUUCCUCCUUUUCAAACAGAAACGGGAUCACCUCAGAUAAUGUAGAUGCUAAAAGUGUUGACUCACAACCUCAAAAUCCAAGAUAACAGAUAAAAUACUGUUAAAAGACAUUUGAUUUACCAUUGGGGUAGGAGGGGUUAUAUUGUCCAGCCUGCUCAUAAUCAACACAGUCAGCUUCCUUCAGAAGAAAAUAAGGGGAGGGGGUUAGUGACACUGGCAGGAUAGGCUACAGAGCCUCAGCAGACCAGACAUUAAACUGGACGCAGCCGGUGAUGAGGACUGCAGUGCUCCGAGAUCUAUAAAACAACAGCUUCGAAAAGAGCACCUAACUGAAUUAUCGACCAAUUUAACCAAGCAAGUAAAAAAACAUACUUUACCGAAAGGAACUGGAAGUAAAUUGUGCAGGACAUCUACACUACAUAAAUUGAGAGCUGGUCCUAAUCCAGGUUUGUGAUGUGACUGCUGGCUGCGCCAAAGUGGCGCUUUUACGCACGAUGGAGGACCUUUUACGCGAGCAGGACAGCUGGUCUCAGAAUGUUUCAUGGACCAACUCAAGCCGAGGAAACGAAAGUCAUUUAGGAAACACCACAGUGAACCCUUUAAAGCGAAAUGAAAACGUGGCCAAAGUAGAAGUUACCGUCCUGGUCCUGGUACUGCUGCUUGCUCUGAUCGGCAACCUGUGCGUCCUGUGGGCUAUCCACACCACCAAGCACAGCCAGUCUCGAAUGUAUUACUUCAUGAAGCACUUGAGCAUCGCCGACCUCGUCGUUGCAAUCUUUCAGGUUUUACCACAGCUCCUUUGGGAUAUCACCUUUCGCUUCUAUGGUCCCGAUUUGCUUUGCAGGCUGGUGAAAUACCUCCAGGUCGUGGGCAUGUUUGCGUCCACCUACAUGCUCGUCCUCAUGACAAUUGACAGGUGCUUAGCAAUCUGUCAGCCACUCCGCUCCGUGCACAAGAGAAAAGACCGUUUCUGUGUGAUCGCCUCUUGGACGCUCAGCCUGAUAUUCAGCACUCCUCAAAUUUACAUAUUUUCUCUGAGGGACGUCGGGAACGGUGUUUAUGACUGCUGGGGGGACUUCGUGCACCCGUGGGGUGCCAAAGCAUACAUCACUUGGAUGAGUCUCAGCAUUUAUAUUUUUCCAGUUGCAAUUUUGUGCAUCUGCUAUGGCUUGAUAUGUUUCAAAAUAUGGCAGAAUUUCAAUUUAAAAACCAGAAGGGAACACUUCCUGGCUCUCACUCCAAGGCCCUCCAAAGGCGCACAUCCACUCUGUCGCGUGAGCAGCGUGAGGCUCAUUUCAAAAGCCAAGAUCCGCACAGUGAAAAUGACAUUUGUGGUGGUCCUUGCCUACAUUGUGUGCUGGACUCCCUUUUUCUUUGUCCAGAUGUGGUCUGCAUGGGAUCCUGCUGCACCAAGAGAAGAUGUGGCCUUCGUCAUCGUCAUAUUGCUGGCCAGCCUCAACAGCUGCUGUAACCCCUGGAUUUACAUGUUCUUCGCUGGUCACCUCUUCCAUGACCUGACGCAGUGCUUCCUCUGCUGCUGUAGACGGUAUCUGACAGACUCGUCCUGCAGCUGUGACCAACAGUGCAGGCACAAGACCAGCUCGUCCACGUACGUGAUCAAGAACGCCAGCAGUCACAGGAGCCUCACACACACAUCCAGUGCAGGAGGACCGGUGCAGUGAAAAGCUGUCCAAGCUCUCUGUUGUUGAGUAAUCCAGCUAUCCUGCCAGUCCGCAUUUCAGGCAUUUAAUUACAGCAGUCCUGCAAUGGCCACUGCAAUAUGUUGGGUUUCAAAUUUUAAACUGAGCCAAACGGACAAAGUAAACUUCCUGUCCAGACAUUGCCCUGCACUCCAAGAUAACAGAAAUGCCAUUGUGUUCAAAAUGUGAACAAAAUGUGACGUAAAGUGAAGCUCCAACACCCACCAGCUCCAGCUGGCAUCUGUUUGAAGCUCUGAGGAAGUGUGCUCUCUUGGCUUUCCCAAAACACUGCUCUCCCCUUUGGACUCGCUUGGCAUGAGAAACCCACAAAUCAUGUAAUUGAUCUAUAUUCUAGACUUAAGCAUCUAAAGAUUAAUCCUCUACCUUUUUGUUGAAACACAUAUGAGCAUUUUCCAACUUCUGUGUGCACUUCUGUCCCGUAUCUUAAAGUCAUGUUCUUAUCGUUGUGAUCCUGAUAUGACCUUCAAAGACAAGUAGGUCCAAGUUAUCUUACGAAGCAAGAACUCUAUUAAUAUUACACAAGGAAAUCCGUUCUAAGAAAAAAAGAUUCAAAAUUAUUCAAAGUAAAAGUUUGACAGAAAACACUAUGAUCUGUGCAAAUAUUUCAGUUCCUAUAAUGAUUGUUUACCCAUUUUAAACCAGCUUUGCUUUGUGUGCAAACAUCUUGCAUUAUCGUGGGUGAUAAUAUCCACUCCUGACGUUUGGCUCAAUGCAGAGCUGCACUGUCAUAACACAACAAAAUUUCAUCAACAAAGCAAACUCCAUAGAGAUGCUUUUUAUUUUCAGAAGAUUUCAGAAGACUAUCUUGCUGUACAGAUCAAAUAAUGUUUGUCUGUCAUGAAGUAAUAUGAAAUUCACUUUGUAAAUAGUUUCCACUGCUCCUUGUGCGUGUCUCUUCGCCAUUAUUUUCGAUCUAUUCAAUCUUUACUUUUCUAGGUUGUUGAUUUUUAACAUUACUAUGCAGGUCAGAGAACAUGAAGUGCAUUUAAUGUGGUUGGAAUUGAACCAGAACAAUGUUUUCACCUCAUGGCCAUGUUGAUCACUGUUAUGAUUAGUUUCCUGCUGUGUUGCUUUAACUGCUUUAACUGUAUGAUUUACGGCAAUAUGCCACCUGUUUAUACUUAGCAUAUCGAGAACUUCAGUGCCAGGAUGUAAUAAUGUGCAUUCUUGAAUUGCUAGGUGUGUUUUAAAAUUUCUUUAGCAUUAUAUAACCUUGCAAGUUGUCAAAGAAAACACAGAGUAAGUGUAUAGCAUCCUUCUGCAAGGAACAGAACACAAAAGAAUUCAUGGAUUGACUUAUUUAAAGCUUAAAGCUUACUUAAAAUUAGACAUAGGUAAUAAAACACCAGUAUCUUUUCAUAGGGCAAAAAAAUGUUAUCAUUUUGCCCAAAUUUCCAGCAAAGAAUUAAGAAUUUUCAGUUUGUUGUGCAUGAGAGCACACACAGUAAAAUCAGAAUGAUCAGAUUUAUUCCUCCUCUGUCAUUUUUUCCCACCCUAUCUCUGACAGUCACAUCAUGUUAGUAGAUACUUGAGAAACCAUUCUCAUAGGAACACAAACAUAUUGUCCUGGCUUGAUAAACUUCAAAAUUUAAAUAACAAAUGUAUGCUAAUGUCUACCUUGGGUCCAGUCAUGUUUUUCUGUGAUAAUAAAGUCAGUGCUGAUAAGGCCGAUCA